AUGGUGGGUUACGACCCUAAGGAGGUAGUCCACCUGUCUCACGUGGAACAUGCGGUUGCUGGAGCUGUAAGUGGAGCUGCAACACGAACCGUCGUUCAACCAUUCGAUGUGUUGAAGAUUCGUUUUCAGCUUCAAGUGGAGCCAGUGCGAGCAGCUGCAGGAUCAAAGUAUCAUGGCAUGCUGCAAGCAAUUAACUGUAUUGUGAGAGAUGAGGGAGUAAAGGCACUGUGGAAGGGCCAUAUUCCAGCUCAAGUAUUAUCUGUUCUUUAUGGAAUAUCACAAUAUGGCACCUUUGAAAUUCUGACCGAAGAAGUUUGGCAUUAUCUUCCUGCAACCUUGACAACAACAUAUCGACCUUUAACCCAUUCUGUGUGUGGAGGACUUAGUGGAUGUAUUUCCACGGUCGUUAUCCAUCCUGUAGAUGUCAUCAGAACUCGUUUUGUAGCGCAGGGAGAACCUAAGAUUUACAGCAGCCUAACUUCGGCCGUGCAGACUAUCAUGAGAGAAGAAGGAGUGCGAGGUUUUUACCGUGGGAUACUGCCUGCAGCGGCUCAGAUUGGCCCUCAGAUGGGAUUUCAGUUUGGGCUCUAUGCAGCCUUCAUUCAGCUUUGGAAUAGUUCUCUUGGGCUCUGGCCAACAACUCCACCUGAAUCUUUGCAGAGCUUGAUAUGUGGUUCUGGAUCCGGCCUUAUUGCCAAACUGCUAGUCUAUCCCCUUGAUGUUGUCAAGAAACGGUUACAGGUCCAGGGUUUUGAAAAAGCUCGCCAGACUUUUGGUGCUGUGAGGAAAUACAGAGGUCUCUUUCACUGCUUUCAAGUUUCAUUACGUGAAGAAGGGAUGGCUUGUUUAUUUAAAGGUCUAGGGCCGAGUUUAAUAAAGGCCUCUUUAGUGGCAGGUGCUAAUUACUGUAUAUAUGAACAGGUGUGUAGAGCUCUCAUUUAUCGCCAUCAGAGGUGA